AUGGAGCCGCUCCGGGUGCUGCUGGCUGCCGCUCUGCUCCCGCUCCUGCCCCUUGGCAGGGCAGCUGUGCCACUGCCUACACUGACCCAGCCACUGAGCAUGGUGCUGGCCGGGCAGCGCCGGCAGCUGGUGGUGUGCGUGGUGAGCGACCUGACCCCCAGCUCUGGCCAUGCUGUCUGGAUCUCCGGUGGGAGUGGUAGCAUCCUGCAGUCCUUUGCCUACGGGGCUUCCCAGGAAGAUGGUGGCACCGUCUGCUCCGUCUCCCUCCUUUCCAGUGACCCCCCGCGCGAGAGGGAACUUGCCUGCCAUGUGGGGGCCAACAGGACCUCCCCGUCCCACAGCUCCAGCCCCAUCCGCCUCACCGGAAACGAGGAGGUGGCGGAGCUGUGUAGCACAGCUGUGUCACCAGCCCCUGCCUUGGCAGCCCUGCUUAUGGCUGUCCGUGUGGUGUUGCUGAAGGUCUUGCUCUCCGAUGCUGUCCUCACCUCCAUCCUCCUCGCCCAGAGCUGA